AGGUAAGGAACGGCGGUCGGUGGACAUGAUGUCCUCUGAUGAAGAAAGGAUUUCCAGCCCUGUACUGCCCAAAGAUUCAGAUCGAGGUAGUUCAGUUUCUUCUGGUCUACAGGAUGAGUAUGAAGAGCUCCUACGUUAUGCAGUAGUAACUCCAAAGUGGGUUUCUGAUUCCCCCAAACAAUCACAUUGUGUAACAAGACUUUCAACAGGCAACAGAGGUUCCAAUGCAGUGCCAGAUGACCAAUCUCCUCAGCAUUUUGCAGGUGCAACUUUAGAAGAAAGACAUGAAAAUGCUUUCAGACAGCAGACUGCAGACAUACAAAUGGUCUCCGACAAACCUGAUGCAGCAACAGUAAAAAAACUACCAGAAGACCAGGAAGUUCAUCAUAGGACUCCUGCUUUAUCUGUUUCAAAUACAGAUUUGCCUGUUGGACCACUUACUUUUUCCAAAAGAACUUCUUCGCAUUUGCUGGUUUCCAGAAAACCUGAAAUGUCUGAUCCAGUAUGUCAGUUAUCUAUUCCAGCUGAGAAUCUGGACAAGGUAGAAAAUAUACUCAACACUGCCAGUGACCAACUCAAGGUCAGUAAAAUUAAUUGA